AUGUCGCAAAUGUGGCGGACACGGGCAUUGGGCAAGAGGUUGCCGAAACCAGCGAAUGCUAUUCUGCUGGAUAUGCGGAAAGGUGGGAGUGAGAUGCAUGGAAUGCUGUCAGAGAGCGGAAAAUGGCCAGCGAUCCCAGCCGCAGAGAGGCGAGCGGGGGUCGUACGCGGAUUCCUCUCCAAUCUAACUGGCAGGCUAAUCGAAGAGGAGCAGCAGUUGUCCGCAGCGGUGACGAUUGGUGGAAACUCGUACAAAGCCACAAUCGACACCGGGGCAACAGCGAGCUUUAUUAGCGAAGAGCUGGCGGACAAUCUGGCUGCUCUAGGAAAGAUUACACGGACGAGACGGCAAGUUAGGUUGGCAGACGGAAGGUGCAGCGGAAUAAGCGCGCAGCUCGAGGUAGAAGUCGCAUUCGGCAACAAACGACUGACCAUGAGCCUGCUGAUAUUACCAGGAGUAGUAGACGCACUGGUGCUGGGCUGGAAUUUUCUCACACAGGUUGGGGCUGAGAUAAAGUGCGCAGGUCACGAAAUCCGCAUACCGGCCAGGAACAGACACAACGGAUGGCUGGAGGAAAAAUUGUCAGUGGCAGUUGUUCACGAAGACAGCGAGGAAGGAAACAUCGAGCAAUUCCUAGAAGCAUAG